AUGAAAGUGUUGGCUGUAUUUCUGUUUGCCGUAGCGGUCGGCGUUCAGGCGCUGCCGCAAAAUGCAACACCACUGCGCAAAAUCGUACCCAUGGGAAAGACAAUGCCGCUAGUGUCCGGACACCCAGAGGCUGACGACGCAGGGGGCCGCAUCAUAGGCGGCAGCAGCGCCUCGCUCGGCCAGUUCCCGCACCAGGCGUCCAUCAUCAUGGACGACUCGUACCUGUGCGGCGGCUCGCUCAUUUCUACCUCUGCGGUCCUCACCGCGGGGCACUGCGUCUCCGGGUUCAGCACGUGGGAGGUGGGCCUGGGAGGCCUGCGCUACCAGGGCAGCGAGUCCGGCAAGGUGAUCCUGGUGACCAGGUCGGCGACGGCGCACAGCGGCUACAACUCCCAGACGCUCACCAACGACGUCGCCGUCGUCUUCCUGGGCACCAACGUCCAGCUCAGCGGCAACAUCGCGCUUGUAAACCUGCCAUCUCGCUCACAGGCAGGCAACAGCUUCGAGGGCCAGUCUGUGACGGUGAGCGGCUGGGGCCUCACUGCAGACAACGGCAACAACCCGAACACACUGCAGUACACGACGCUGAACGUCAUCUCCAACUCGGCGUGCGCCCAGUACUACGGAAGCUCCAUCGUCUCAUCCACUCUGUGCGCCACGGGACCCAACCGGCAGAGUACCUGCAGCGGUGACAGCGGCGGCCCCAUGGUGAUCGGCUCGACGGGCAGCUUCACCCUGAUCGGCGUCGUCAGCUUCGUGUCGAACGCUGGCUGCGAGAGCGGCGCUCCGUCCGGCUACGCCAGGGUCACCUCCUUCCUCGACUGGAUCUCCAGCACCGCCGGCGUCAGCAUCUCGUGAGGGCACCACUCUCAUCACCUGCUGUGUCUGCGGAA